UCUUUGUGUACCCUGAGGCUGCAGCGGAUAAAGAUUCAGUAUAUCCCGAAGCUGCGGAGCGGAGAAAAGAGGACUGUCCCUUUAACUUCACUUCCUUUCUCCUCCCUUCUUCUGGGUUCCCCUUUUCUCCCUGGGUUCGGGUGAGGAGGGGGAGGAGGAGGAAGCACCACUACAACUAGGCUAAGACCUAGCGGGGGGUGGGGAGGAGGGGGAGGCGCAGCAGCUGGAAUCGGCUCCAGCCAGGAGAUCCCCUAGGGGCGGAGCGUGUCCGGGAAACCUCUGGCCGGGGUGGUUCGCGGAGGUGGUAGCUGAGCAAUCCUUUUCCAUUCUCCGCCCCCUCAGUAGCUUUGCCCUGUUCCCGACGAAGAGUUUGCGGGCUCCGGUACCGGCCCGCAGCAAAAGACCAUGGCCAAGGCCGCGGCGGCGCGGACAGCUCCCGGAAGAGAGCAAUGGAAGCCCGCGAGCCUCUGAGUAGGAGCCCGGGCCUCUGACAAACGGAGGCCAUCCCUGGAGGCCAUGCAGUCUCGGGGUUCCGGGGCGUGCUGGGCCGCUUCACUCCAGCUCCAUAUCCUUCUUUGCUACUGCUGCUGCCUGAGUUUCACACUAGCUCUUGCAGGACCGCGCACCCAGCUACCAGUUCCACAGAACCAAAGAAUCCACCUGUAUAAUUUAGAGCAAGUUCUGAGCUGGGAUCCCGUCCCCAUAAGCAACCUGAAAAGCCCCGUGUUAUACAGUGUGGAGUAUCAUUACACCACGAAUAAUUGGAUGAAAGAGGCACAUUGUACCAGAAUCGCAGAACCAGUAUGUAACUUCACAGCAGCCAACCAGCCACAUUUCCAGCCUCAUUUUAACGUGACUUUACGUGUUAGAGCGGAGCGAGGAGCACUGGUUUCUGAUUGGGUGGUGAUGCCUUGGUUUCAGCAAUACCUAAAUGCAACAAUUGGACCUCCAUUAGAUGUAGUUGUGACGCCACUUAAUGACUCUCUUGGCAUCAGAUUCAAGCCUCCCUUCAAUGUGGACUCUGGUAAAUUUAAGUAUUAUGUCCAUUACUGGAAGGAUGAAGGAAAACCAAUGGUCCAGGGCCCUUUCCCUGACUCGGCCAUCCAUCUGAAAGACUUCGACAGCCCUGGGAACUACUGCUUACAAGUGCAAGCGGAACUGACUGCCAACUAUGUGAAGCCGCCUCGCAGAGGGCUGCUAAGUCCCAUCUCUUGUCACAAAAUCUCCGCCAAGGCAUUAACUAAAGUUCAACAAACUUUAAUCAUAAUUUCCGUAUUCUUUACAUCACUGUUUUUUCUUGUCCUGGGUUGCUACUUUGUGGCACAGAAAUUCCAAGGCCCAAUAAAGCAUGUUUUCCAGUCACCGCCGGGAAUCCCGCCUCAGAUCAAAGAGUAUUUAAGUGACCCCGAUGAGCCUAUCCUAGAAGCCCUGGACAAGAAAAGCUCACCAGAAGAUCGCUGGGACUCCUUAUCUGUGGUUAUUUCCUGUCCAGAAGAGGAUCAGACCAUUCAGGGUCAUUUAAGUACCAUCAUACAGAUAACACCAAAUUAGGGCAGCAACCUCAAGCCACCAAACUGUGAAGAUGACUCCCUGAACUUCACAGGGAGCCACUUUCCCACAUUCCUCUCUCACAGACGCCAUAUUUAAGGGCUUGGGACAAGUUUAUUUUCAUGGUUACCUGAGGAUACAAUUAAGAAAUAGGUACUGGCAUCCCUCCAGCGACCAUCAGUUGUAAAUAGGUCCCUGGCAUAGAAGAAACAAGAUGGUCCCUUCACAGAUGUCCCCCCAAAACACUAAGAAAUCUCUUGAGAAGCACAAAGUAUUUUGCAACAACAUACAUUACACACCUUCACUGAGCAGCAGCAUAACAUAAAGGAAAGAACUGCAGACCUCCAGGAUGUCUCCAUCUCUCCCUGCCUCCGUUUCUGUAAAAUGGACUGUGACAAGUUUAAAACUUAUGUGUCUGACAGCUCCAUCAAGCCAGCACAUUCUUGGUCUUGGCUGUGGUUCCUCUCUCUUGGUUCUAAGGAAAUGUUAUGAUUUCACCUUGUAUGUAAAUAACUUAAUUAUAUUUUUUCUAAGUCAA